AUGUCUGACUCUAGAUCGGUAAUAAGUAGUAGUGAAGUUGCAUUCCCUAGAGGAGGAGCUACUGCUUUGACUCCUUUAGAAGUGAAAGAAAUCUCAAAUGAAGCUACUAAGGACGUUCUUUUUGAAGCAUCCAAUGCUUCUAAGAGAUCAAGUAAUGAUCCUUCUAGUCAACCAAGCAAGAAAUCAAAGAAAAAGAAGAGUGCUAAAGUGGAAGAUACUACCGAAGAAUCUUCUGUUCAAAUAGAAAACUUCAACUUUAAGAAUAUUAUACCUGGAUCCUAUGUACUUGGACAAGUAACCAAUAUUGGAAAACUUGAUGUUACAUUAGCUAUUGGGGAUAACUUAGUUGGGUACAUUCCAAUUACUGCUGUUUCAGAAGAAAUUUCAAAACAGUUAGAAAAGUUAGAUGAAGAAUCAGAAGAAGAAAGUGAAGAAGAACAAAGUGACAAUGAAGAUGCCGUCAUCAAGACUGCUACUUUAAAGACCAAAGAAGUUCCAGAAUUGAAAAAUUUAUUCAGAAUUGGACAAUGGUUAAAAGCGAAAGUAGUUGAAGCAAAUGAUUCUAAGAAAAAGAAAGUUCAAUUUUCCAUAGAACCUGAAGUAGUUAACAACCAAUUGGAAACUGAAGACUUAACCAUAGGUAAUAUCAUUCAAUGUUCAAUAAAGUCUAUUGAAGAUCACGGUAUAAUAUUGAAUACUGGUAAAUCAGGUUUAACAGGUUUCAUAUCUAAUAAAGAAAUUAAUAACAGCACAGACAUUGAAUUAGCAGAUUUAAUCGUUGGUCUGGUAUUAUUAACUACUAUUGUUGCUCAACCAUCAACCAGAUCACUUACUUUAAAACCAAUUCAAAAUUUAAAGAAAACUUCAGUCAGUUCCAUAUCAUCUAUCGAUGCCAUUCAACCAGGUAUUAUCGUUGAUGCCUUAAUUUCCGAUAUUACUAAAAAUGGUUUGGUUACUAAGGUUUUUGGUUUAGUCGAUGGUACCAUCAAUUUAUCACACUUACAAGUUUUCGAUCUUCCAGCUUUGAAACAUAAAUAUACCAUAGGUAACAGUAUAAAAGCAAGAAUUAUUGCUGUAAUUCCUAAAGCAGGAUCCAAAAAGCUUAUGUUAUCCACAUUACCUCACCUUGUUUCUUUAUCACCAGUUGAAAGUCCAUUAGAAGCAUUCCCAAUUGGUCACGUUAUAGAUGAAAUCAAAAUUGCUGGUUCUGAUCCAAAUUAUUUAUUUGCCAGUUUUGGUUCAACUACUUUAUUUGGACAAAUCCAUAACUCUAGAAUAGAUAGUUCAAAAUCAUUAGAUGUUGAAUAUACUAAAGGUACGACCCAUAAAGCUAGAGUUCUUGGCUACAAUACUAUUGAUAAUUUAUUAGUAUUAACCUUACAACCAGAAGUUGUUAAUGCCAAAUUCUUACAUUCAACAGAUAUACCAGAUGGUUCAUUACUUUCAUUUGAAAUCGUUAAAGUUUUACCAGAGAAUGGUGGUAUUAUCGUCAAAGCCGAAGAAGGGUUCGAAGGUUUUGUUCCUAGUAUUCAUAUGUCUGAUGUGAGAUUAGUGUAUCCAGAACGUAAAUUUAAACAAGGUAGCAAAACAAGAGGUAGAGUUUUACAUAAGAAAGGAAAGAAUUUAAUUGUUACAUUUAAGAAAUCUUUAGUUAAUAUUGAAGAUGAAGAAGUCAUUUCAUCAUUCGAAGGUGCCAAAAAAGGUUUAAAAUCACCAGCUACUGUUGAAAAAUUCGUUCAUAAUGGUGCCAUUGUCUCAUUAUUUGGUACUUUAAAAGCAUUUUUACCAAAAAAUGAAAUCUCUGAAACUUUUGUUGAUAAAGCAAGUGAUUACUUAAAGUUAGGACAAACUGUUAUUGUUAAAAUCUUAGAUGUUAAAGAAGAUCAAAGAAGAGUUAUUGUUACUUUAAGACAAUCAUCAGAAUUAACUUCAACCCAAAAGAAUAGUAUUGAUGAAUUGACUCCAGGUAAAUCUUUAAUCCAAGUUUCUGUUGUUGAAAAGACUAAAGAUUCUGUUAUUGUGGAAUUAGAAGGUACUAAUUUACGUGGGGUUAUUUUUGCUGGUCAUUUAUCUGAUGGUAAUUUUGAACAAAAUAGAGCUUUAUUAAAGAGAUUACCAAUAUCUGACAAAUUAGAAGUUCUUGUUUUAGAAAAAGAUUUGAAAGCUAGAACUGUUAUUGUGUCCGCUAAAAAAUCAUUAAUCGAAGCUUCUAAGCAAGGUCUUGUACCAGCUUACUUCAAAGAUAUUAAAUCAGAUAGCAGAAUGUUAAGAGGGUUUAUUAAAUCUGUUACUAAUAUGGGUUUAUUCAUUUCUUUUGCUGGUAAAUUAACUGGUUUGGUUUUAGCUAAAUAUGCCACAGAAAAUCAAAAUGAAGAUUUAUCUACGAAGUUUUACAAAUAUCAAUCUAUUUCUUGUCACGUUAUAAGAGUCGAUGAAGAUAAUAAAAGAUUUUUGUUAUCAUUAAAAGAUACUUCAGGUUCAGAUGAUUCAGAAGCUACCGUAAAUCCAAUCGACUCUACUAAAGCUACAAUCAGUGAUUAUGCUCCGGGUGUCCUCACAAAGGCUUUUGUCAAAUCAGUUAAGGGAACUCAAUUAAAUGUUCAAUUAGCUGAUAACUUACAAGGUCGUGUUGAUAUUACUCAAUGUUUCAAUUCCUGGAAUGAAAUUAAAGAUAAAAAACAACCAUUAUCACAAUACCAUAAAGGUGAUAUUAUAGAUGUUAAAGUAUUAGGUUUCCAUGAUGCCAAGAAUCACAGAUUUUUACCAAUCACUCAUCGUAAAUCAAAUAAAAAUAUCAUUUUAGAAUUAUCUAUUCUUAAGAAAGAAACCUCAGAUUUAAGUUUAUCAAGUAUUUCAGUUGGUUCAGAAUACACCGUUUAUGUUAACAAUUUAUCUAGAGGGUUUGUCUGGGCUUCAAUUACACCAUCAGUUAAAGGUAGAAUUUCACUUAUGGAAUUACCAAGUGAAGUUGAUUCAUUUUCUGAUUUAGAUAAUAAAUUACCAAUCGGUAGUGCUCUUAAGGCUGUUGUUAAGGAAAUUGACAACGAACAUCAAGUUGUUGUAUUAAGUGCCAGAAGUGAUGUUGUUUCUUCUAUUGCUGAUCUUAAAGUUGGGCAAAAGUACCCAUCAAGAAUAUUAAAGGUCAGAGAUAGUUAUGUAUUAGUUGAAUUAGGUAACAACGUUGUUGCUUCCGCUUACAUCACUGAUGCCUUAAACAAUUACGCUGAUAGAUUGGAAUCUGUCUUCACUCCUAAUGAUUUUGCUACUGCUACAGUUUUAGAUAUCGAUACAGCUGCUGAUAAGGUUGCUGUCUCCUUAAGAACCUCAGAAGCUGUUGAUAAGGUUAUUAAUUCUAUUUCAGACUUAAAGAGAGGAGAUGUUGUCAAGGGUUUUGUUAAAAACGUUGCUAAUAAUGGUGUUUACGUUUCCUUAGGAAGAUCAAUCCAUGCCUUAGCAAGAGUAUCAGAUUUAUCAGAUUCAUAUUUGAAGGAUUGGAAAAAAUUCUUCAAACCACAUCAACAUGUGAUUGGUAAAAUAUCUGCCUGUAAAGAAGAAGGUCGUAUUUUAAUAACUUUAAAAGAAACCGAAGUUAAUGGUGAUUUGAACUAUUUAAAGAGAUUUGAAGACUUAGAAGGUGGUCAAAUAUAUGAAGGUUCAGUUAAACGUGUUACUGAUUUCGGUGUCUUUGUUAAAUUAGAUGGUACUCUCAAUAUCACUGGUUUAUGUCAUCGUUCUGAAAUUGCUGAUACUGUUGUUGAAAAUGCCUCUUCCUUAUUUGGUGAAGGUGAUCGUGUUAAAGUAAAGAUUUUAUCAGUUGAUCAAGAAAAGAAACAAUUAUCCUUAGGUAUGAAAGCCUCUUACUUCACUGAAAAGAGUGCCGAUGAUCAAGAUGAUGUCGAAAUGGAAGAUGCUGAUAAUGAAGAUGACGACGAUGAAGAAGAAUCCGAUGCUGAAGAUAAUGAAGAUGAGGAUGACGAAGUUCUUGAUGAAGCUAACUUUGCUAAUGAUGAUAGUGAUAUAAGUGAUGAUGAAAAUGAAGAAGAAGAAUCAGUUGGAGCUGUUAAAUCAAGUGGAUUAUCCACCAAUGGUUUCGAUUGGACUGCAUCUAUUUUAGACCAAGUUGAAGCUGAUGAAUCAUCCUCUGACGAAGAAGAUUUCACUCAAGAAAAGAAAAAGAGUAAGAAAGUACAAAGACAUGUUGAAGAUAAAACAGCUGAUUUAAAUACUCGUGCUCCACAAUCUAUUUCUGAUUUUGAACGUCUCUUAAUCGGUAAUCCAAAUUCAUCUAUUUUAUGGAUGAACUAUAUGUCUUUCCAAUUACAACUUAGUGAAAUCGAUAAAGCUAGAGAAAUUGGUGAAAGAGCAUUGAAAACCAUUAAUUAUCGUGAAGAACAAGAAAAAAUGAAUAUUUGGGUUGCUUUACUAAACUUGGAAAACACUUUUGGUACUGAUGAAUCCUUAGAAGAAGUCUUCAAACGUGCUGCUCAAUACUUGGAUUCAUUUGUUGCUCAUCAAAAAUUAGUUGGUAUUUACACCAUGUCAGAAAAAUUCGAUAAAGCUAAAGCAUUAUAUAAGACCAUGACUAAGAAGUUCGGUAAGAUGGUUGCUGUAUGGGUUCAAUUCGGUUCAUUCUUAUUAGACCGCGAAGACCGUGAUGCUACUCGUGAAACUUUAGCUAGAUCACUUCAAGUCUUACCAAAAAGAGAUCAUAUUGAAGUGGUUAGAAAAUUCGCCCAAUUAGAAUUUGUUAAAGGAGAUGCUGAACAAGGUAGAUCAUUAUUUGAAGGGUUAGUUACUGAUGCUCCAAAACGUAUUGAUUUAUGGAAUGUCUACAUUGAUCAAGAAAUCAAGAAUGAUGAAAAAGCCAAGGUUGAAGAGUUAUUCGAAAGAGUCUUAGCUAAAAAGAUCUCACGUAAACAAGCCAAAUUCUUCUUCAGUAAAUGGUUAUCAUUUGAACAAGAAAAGAGUGAUGAAAAGAUGGUCAUUCGUGUUAGAGCCAAGGCUACCCAAUACGCUCAACAACACACUAAAGAAGAGUAA